AUGCCUGGAGCCGGCCCUGCCUCAGAGCAGCUCAAACUGCCAGGACCACUCCUGGAUCAGAAUGUAAAUGGAUGCAGCUUGCCUCCUAGGCUGUGGACAUGCCCCAUGGGAGGGAUCCCUAAAGUAAAUAAAAAGUAAAUGUGGCCUUUAUGCUCCCUGUGAGCUGAACUCCAUGCUCCCUGGCUACCUGCUCUGUGGUAGUGUCAGGGAGGCUACAGUACCUGUAGGUUGGAGUUGAGAGCAGCUAGACUUUAAAUUCCCUCACUAACUAUAAUCUAACUCUGGUGAUAGGCCUGGAACUAGGCUAAACCUCAGUUGUUAUGCAUUGUAAUGUGAUGCCCUACAUGAUCGAUAGGAAGGAUUAAAGGGUAAAAAGCAAGCAGUGGUUAAUGUGGGAAUGCACAAAUAGACAGAGGUGAGAAACAAAACUGUGAGAGUAACUGUGAAAAAUGAAAAAGUAAACCUAAUCUAAUCUAAAUUCAUGUGUUAAUUACUGUGAUGUUUUUGUAAGCAUCUACUAAUGCAGCACUCUGCUAGGUCUUUGUCUUACACAAUUAGAAUUUUUAUCUCAUUAUCUCAAAUACAGAUAGCAGGUACUCACACAUAUCCCUUGUCCUUGAGUGUGUGUGUGUGUGUGUGUGUGUGUGUGUGUGUGUGUGUGUGUGUGUGUGUGUGUGAGAGAGAGCAAGAGUGUGUGUGUGUGUGUGUGUGUGUGUGUGUGUGUGUGUGUGUGUGUGUGUGUGUGUGUGUGUGUGUGUGUGUGUCUGUGUGCGUGCGUGCGUGCGGGUGUGAACAUGUUAAUGUGGUGAAGAGCAGGCAGAGAAUGCUAGUUGAGAUUGAUACAUAUUCCAGUGGGUGAGCUCUCAUCAUGUCACAGGGCUGACAGUGAGAGGGUGUUAUUGGUAUGGAGAGGCAGCUCAUAUUCCACAGGAGAGUCAACUCUCACCCCUCCUUCACAACAAUGAACAGAACAUCCUCUCAGCUUUAUUUCUGUAUGCCCAGGUACUAGCACAUUGAUAGAGAUUGUUUUACAUUUUAAUAGCUUGCUAAAUUCAUCCAGGUUUGGAAAGGUUUGGGAGGUGAAGGAGAGGUUUAGAGCUGGUUGGUCCAAUGGAUCUAACUGCUAAUGCAGGCUAAUAGAUAGAGAACACUUGAAUAAAAGUUGACCACUUUAGGAAGCUCAACAACCACUCUACCUUAACCUCAACACUGUAUUCUAUCCAUAUAAUUUACUGUCCCCCAUAGAACUCAACAUAUCUGGGAUACAUACAUCACCCAGUGGAGGCUGCUGAUGGUAGGACGGCUAAUAAUAAUGGCUGGAAUGGAGUCAAUGGAAUGGUAUCAAACACAUCAAACAUGUGGUUUCCAUGUGGUUGAUGCCAUUCCAAUGACUCCAUUCCAGCCAUUAUUAAGAGCCGUCGUCCCCUCAGCAGCCUCCACUGACAUCACCAAUAUUAUACACUGAGUACACAAUAAAUUAAAAACACCUGCUCUUUCCAUGACAUAGAUUGACCAGGUGAACGCUAUGAUCUCUUAUUGAUGUCACUUGUUAAAUCCACUUCAAUCAGUUUAGAUGAAGGGGAGGAGACAGAUUAAAGAAGGAUUUUUGUGCAACUUAAUAUUAGGAAGGUGUCCCUAAUGUUUGGUAUACUCAGUGUAUAUUAACUUCUAUAAUGAUCACCAGCAUACCUUUAUGAAGACAAAUUAGAAGAUUGUGGAAGUUAACUUCAGAAGCACUGAGACCCAGUCAGACAGCGAUCACAGACAGACAACCAUUCAGAGAGACACAUUCAUCCCUCUAUUGUCAUCGUCCCAGCAUGAAGAAAAUGUGGCUUCUGCAUCUACAGUACAGAACCCAGAAUGAUGCCACUUAACUGAAAACACCUCCUCAGAUUUGACUUGGUAUCUGAAAAGAAAAAUAGGAAGGGAAGGCAGAAAUCAAUAAACACCAUCUAAGCCUGAGGGGUCCCCCAAUUUCCUCCAAACCACUCUACCCCCUGGGCAGAGUGGGAAACAAUGGCGGGGCAUCAAUACCUGCAAUUGGGGGAAUAUAGGUGGGGUGGGAGACAGCAGGGCACACAGCACAAAUGGGUCACCUCUCCUCCAGACACUAAAUGGGCCCCAAUCGUUUGCAUCAAUUCAAUCCGGUGGGAGACUGAGGACAGGUUGGGGUAUGGGAGCCAUUAAGACUGCAUGGGAAUAAAAGGGAGUAACAGGGGAGGGAAAGGGGUGUGGAUGUUUGAGGUCAGUAGAGAUAGGGACACAGGGUGGUAUAGGUGUUUUCAAUUACCGGCAAAUUCAGAGCAAUUUCCUACUCUUUCCGCCAAGCCCUCCCUCUGUGAGGGUGAUUGGAGGCUCACACAAUAGAGGCGGGAAGAUCAGCAUCAGUUGUGUGGUUGUUUGAGUGGGGGUGGGUGGAGAAAGAUAUAGAGGGGGUGUGUUUUCAUUUGUGUGUCUCAUUUUACCUUUCUCAGUCACCUUGCAGCUUUAUAUUGAGCAGAGUGUUUUUAUAGAAAAGGUCAAAAACUUCCAAUUGUUUCAAGUUCUUUGUAAAUGUUGAUAAGAAACUUCCUGAACACUGAUAUACAUACUUAUGGAUUUAAAGAUAACAUACAGACAGGAUGGGUGAAGCAUGUUGUUUGAAUUAACAGAGCAAAAACGGUUUGUGUUUCUGCUUUCUCUAUUCAUUACAAUGUGUAAAGCCUGCAGACUUCACAAGAAGAAAGCUUCCAUCUAAAGCCUCCAAUAGACUCUUUGUUCAUUUUCACCACUGGUCAAAACUAUGUUACCGUAUCCCGGUUCCUUUCUUUCUUUGUUACUGUCUUUUCAGGGAGGCUCUUUGCAGUGGAUGACAUGUUGAUGUUCUUACAUUGACAAUGGAAGUCAUGUGAAGCUCUACAGCCUUUCAGGUUCUAGCAAAGGGCCUGAAGGCGCCCAGAGAAGCAACAUGCGAUUAAGCAGUCAAAUUAUAGUAUUCCACGAUUCUGGUCUCAGACCAAUUUACCCAGGGGGGGGGGGGGGGGGGGUGGGGGGGGCAAAACUAGCAGGGUGUUUCCACAAUAUCCUGUGUUUCUUUUUGAAAAGGAAGAGACCGUUUUUACACUCAAUCAGGUGUAAGAUGUACUGUAUGAGAAAGACAAAACAGAAAUCAUCCUUGUUUCACCAAGCACAAAGGAACUACAGUAAGUAACAUGCUCACAUACUCUCAACUACUUCAGCUCUCGACUAAAGCGGGUGUUGGAAAGCAGUUCUCUUGUAAUCAGCUUGUCAGAUGAAACUGUCAGAGGGGAUUUUGUUUCAUCUGGUUAAACACUUUACUUUCCCUGUCUGCGACUGAUCCAACUUCAAAGGGCCCCGUAGCCUACAGUAAAACUCUAGACAGGAAGUUCCCCCCUGCAGAUGCUGCCACAUGAACAUAUGAGAGCCCUGAUAGCGGGUACUAUCAACGAUAUCACUUCCCCUGCACCCUGACUCUAUGAGGAGGGGGUAGCCAUGUUACACACUCACUGUAAUGUUAUAACAUUUUCUCAUUUUGAUAUUCAAAAAAAUAUGUUGUACCCGCAAUUCAGCUCUCUCUCUCUCUCUCUCUCUCUCUCUCUCUCUCUCUCUCUCUCUCUCUCUCUCUCUCUCUCUCUCUCUCUCUCUCUCUCUCUCUCUCUCUCUCGCGUGCGCACAUCUAUCUAUUGGGGGUUCUUGUGGUUUUCCAAAUCUACUUCUGCAUGCACAUUCCCAAUGUAUGUACCAGAUGGGCAAACACACAGAGCUGCUACUGGUGCCACUUGAGCAUGUCUUUGUCGUAGAUUAUGAAUCACUGGAGUAGACAGUAGUAAAUGUCAUGUCGAGUGCAUUUGAUUGGUCUCCAAGUGCUCCAUCAGAUGAAAGUGUAAAUAGAUAGUUAACACUCACAGACCAGUGUAGAUCCACACACGAACAUUUAAUGAGUGUGUCAUUAAACCAUACACUGUAGCAAUAAGAACACCCUGCUAUUCCUCUCUUUAAAACAACAGACAAUCACUUGACUGCAAUAUGCAUAAUCACUAGAGAUGUCUAGAAACCCAAAUUGCUUGACAAUGUGUCAAAGAUAAAUGUUUGUUUCCAUAUUGCUGGUGCCUAGGCCAUACUGUAUACAGGUUGUGUAGACAGAGCUGCAGGGCACGGAGUACAAAGGAAACUAUUUCCUGGUCUCUGUUAUUUCAAUCAUAAAUAACAAAUCUACAGUAUUGCAAAACCAUAAUUUACAGUAAAAAAAAAAAAUACUGAUUGCAACUCACAAGCAUAAGAUAUGUUCAGUGACACACCACUGUACCCUAGUGGAAGUCCCAGUGCUUGCAUGUGAAUAUUGCCUUGCUCUUCACUGGGCAGCAUUGUUCCCAUCUCCCUAGGUGGAGGAAUGGAUGGGUAGAUUGGCAGACUCCCAUUGGAGGAAAACAAUGGUCAAUAGUGGAAAGCCUUCAGCAGCACCAAACUCCUAAAGCCUAUGCCUCCUCACCACAUUCCCCUGACUAGCAUCACACAGAUUACUGACAGACUGGAAGAAGCACAUUCUACACUAUGUCUGUAUGUGAAAGAGUGGGAUUGUGCAUGUAUGUUUAUUGUAAUACUGUGUGAGUGUAUUUGCAUGUGUGUGUGUGUGUGUGUGCGUAUGUUGCAAAGAUUGAUCACAGAUUGAUCACAGAUCUCUAAAUUAAAAUAGCACAAUCAAACAUAAAUGACAAGCUUCCAGGAUACAUAUUGCAGAGCUAAAACAAUAUAACUGUACGUCUUUGUAAAGCAGCACAACAUCACAGUAUGAUCUCUGAUUUUGAUGAUGGCAGAAUCCCAAAAUAAGCAUAUCUGAAUGGUUUUCAAAGGCAAUAGCUCAGUGAAAGAUGAAACCUAUCAACUAAUUAUUGUAAUUUAUUUUGGCUUGCCUCUUCUGUCUGUCUUCACUGGUCUACAGGAUCUCACAGACUGUUAACGCUAACCUGUUUCUACACUGAGCCACAUACUCUCUAUGAUCUAUAUUUAACUUGGCUUGUGUUGGAACGGGGCUGUAUGUCAGAGGAUUGUGCAUAUGAGGCAGGAGUUCAGUGUCAGUUUCCAACAAGGCCUCUGAAUUUAGCCUGGGUAAAGGCAGCAGCGAACGGAGCGGGUAGUGACUCCUAUUGAACUACAGACUGCUCUGGUCCCGCUGUUGUUCCGUCACCUGCUCUUCUUUUUCCUUUUUUUUGUUUGUGUAUGUCUUGGUACCACUUGUGUGGUACCAAGUGGCGCAGUGGUCUAAGGCACUGCAUCGCAGUGCUAGCUGUGCCACUAGAGAUCCUGGUUUGAAUCUAGGCUCUGUCGUAGCCGGCCGCAACCGGGAGACCCAUGGGGCGGUGCACAAUUGGUCCAGGGUAGGGGAGGGAAUGGCCGGCAGGGAUGUAGCUCAGUUGGUAGAGCAUGGUGUUUGCAGUGCCAGGGUUGUGGGUUCGAUUCCCACGGGGAAUGAAAAAAUAAAAUAAUGUAUGCACUUACUAACUGUAAGUUGCUCUGGAUAAGAGCGUCUGCCAAAUGACUAAAAUGUGUUUUGGUGGAAAGGAAGGGAUGAGUUGUAAAUGCUUUAUCAGAUGAUUGCUAGUGUUGUUGAUUGGACAUGGGCACAUUUGCUGUAUCAGUUUACACUGAGGAUAUGGUAUAUUCAAAUAUUGUAUGAUAUGUGUAAUAUGACAAUAGUCUAACAAACAUAAUUAGGGAGUUAGAGAAUUGCCCAGAUUUAGCUAAUAAUAACUGGAAAACAUUCCACUUAUUUUGGUAGCUACAUGUUUUUUACCCACUGUGUUGGUCAGCAUGUGCAGUGCAGUUGUUGAUAAUUUCUUAGUGAUUUCAGGUGACUGGAUCUCUAACUCUGUAUUAGGGAUUGCCAUUACUGAGAGGAUGGCUGAGGGCUACUUGGCACAGGGACUGUUUAUCUGUGACCGGACCACUGCUUUUACGCAAGUCACAGCUUUGUGAUUUGCAACAGGGAGUCAGUCAGCCAGUGGCGAUGGAUCAGUCAGAGGGGCUAGAGAACAGAAGUUGCAUAAACAGCCCUGACCCCCUGGUACGAGAGGCCUAUCUGAUGUUACAUGACUAUAUCAACUAUGUGACCGCAGGGCCCGAAGGCCACAUAGGCCCACCACCCCUACAGCCACAUCAGCAGCCCUGCGCCAUGCUGGGGACGAGCUGCUCAUUAGGUUCCCCAUCUUCUUCAGGCGCUGGCCACGCGUCUUCCAGGACGUGACUGAGGCCUCAGCCUGCCCCAUGCUCACCACCAUCCUAGACAAGCACUUUACCCCCACCACCCCCAGGGGGCGCCAGCGAGACCUGGCCUGGAGCGCUGUGCAGUCUGUGUAUGUGCUGGCUGGCCAGAUGGCCCUGCACUGCCACGAGAGGGGCAUGGACGGAAUCCUUCCUCAGCUUAAGGAGUGUGUGGGGGGUUAUGUGGAGAGGGUCAUCUAUCCAGAGAUUAGGGACAAGGGUGGAUGGGUAAGUUCACUGGUCAAGGUUAUUCACUGGCAUAGUAAGACUAGGCUACAGUUUAAAAUGUGGUUAUGUUGUACUGGUGUGGCUGUUGUUGUGAAUUUUACAUUCUAACUCCUGGGAUCUAAUAAUGUUUUCUGUUGUUGGCAGACAGGCUUUGUGUCCCGCUUUGGGCAGAAGCAGGACUUGGAGGCCCAGGUGAAGAAGGUGUGUUGCUGGACUCUACUGCUAUUGGUCACCAGUAUCCUGUCCUAUUUCCUGUGGAAACGAAGAAUAGCUUAAACAACACCCCCACCUGGUGACCACAAUCAGAUAGCUCCAAAAGUCUGCUUUGUGAAUAAAUAUUUUCCCAAAGCUUCUCUUUUCCAAACGCAUCUCAAUGACCCACUAUCCCCCAUUUUAAACCAUUGAGUUUUGCAACAAUAACAUCAACAAUGCACAGCAUACAUACAUUCACAUCAUGUGUAUCAUGUAUGUGUAACUUAAAACCUCUGAAUCAUGAUGGUAAAAAACAUUACCUCAGUAAUAGCAAUUUUCACAAGAAUGUGGUACAUUUUCACAACUCUUAGUACAAAACUCAAAACAGAUCAUCAAAAAGGUAGUUGUUUCAAAAACUCUAAGCUCAUUUACAAUUGACUAUGUACAACACACAAAAUCAUACAGUCACUGUUUCAUCUAGAAUAUACGUUUCACAUUGCAAUACAUGUUCAUAUAAAGUAAUUGCCUUUCACAAUG